AUGUUGGAUAUAAUAGAGAUCAGUCAAAAUGUUAAAUCCAGAAAUAUACCAGAAAUUACGAGAUCUAUAGUCCUUUUCAUUGCCAUACCAGAAGGAUUUAAGAAUAAAAAUAUGAGAUAA